UGUAAUGGCGGGGGACAACGGCAAGCAAGUGUCCACAGCAAGAGAAACGAUGGACACUCUUCUGGAGAUCUCUAACUUGCUGAAUACUGGUCUUGAUGCAGAAACACUGGCCAUAUGUGUCAGUUUGUGUGAAAGUGGAGUGAAUCCUGAGGCUUUGGCCACGGUAAUACAAGAAUUAAGGAGGGAAUCUGCUGCAUUAAAGGAAACAGACAGUAGCGGAGGACAGUCAAAACAAUCCUGAUGACAAAUGAUUAUGUAAAUUUACAUUGUUUGAAUUCUACACUAAACAUGGCAGUGAGAGAUAAAACACCUGCGGAGGCGUUGGAAGUGAAGUGGGUCAUCCAAAUAAUGUUAACACAUGUGGAUACAGAAUAAAGAAUAUUAUAUUACAUCUGUGACAGGACUCUUUACAUGUCACAUGGAUACAGAAUAGAAGAGAGGACAUUGACAGGAAUCUGACCUCAUAUAAAGAUAUUCUGUUUGACCGGAGUCAAGUCAACACUUAUGCAUCAACAUGUGAAUAAUUUGCAAAGUACAUAAAUGCAACUUUAGCUUUUUACCAUGUGCAAAUUGAAGCUGUAACAUAUACAUGUUAUUUAAAUAUUUCAGUACAUGAUAAGUAUCCUCUGUGUGUUUCGCUUAUAAAGUACUGAUCAUUAUUAUUAUUAUUAUUUUGCCUUGCAUUGAAGAAAGGCUUGGAGUGAAUGUUAAACCUUUAUAUGGCAAAAUUAAAAUUUUCCUAUGAA